AGCCAGCUGGAGCGCGUCCAACGAGGAGGCCGAGGGAGGAUCGCACACCCUCUUGCCUCCCGAUGAUUGGCAGUCCUGCCUUCUCACCUCGCCCGGGUUGGUGCUUUCUUUUAGCCGCCGCUCGCUGUGUUAUAGAUGAGGAGGAGCUGAAAAAUGCAGAUCUGGCACCACACACACACAUACACACACACACACAUAUACACACAUGCACGCAGGCAAGCAUCAGAAUAAUUUCACGAGCUGCCAACCCAUCGGAUUUCCCUCUCCUGGAGGCAGAUAGAUGCUAAGCCAGAGCGCCGGCUGAUUUGCUGCCUUCCUUUGCUCUCCCCGUUCUGAUCUACAUAAUUCAUAUGCUCCUUGGCUCAUCCUUUAUUUAAUUUUGUUUCUGUUCUCAUCCCCUCACCCCCAUUCCCUUGCACUCGCUGUCCUAAAGAGCCAUGAAGGCAGACACUGUUCCACACUGGAAGACAGCUGGCCUGUUUUUCAUGGGGCUGCUUGGUUUUGCCUCUGCGUCCGAAAGAACUAUCUACACGAAUCAUUUUUUGGUUGAGUUUCACAAAGGGGGAGAAGCGGACGCUAAGCAACUUGCCGCGGAACACGGCUUUCAUGGGGCACGGAAGCUUCCCUUUAUAGAGGAUGCAUACCACUUUUUUCAUAACGGCUUGCCCAAAGGCCGGAGUCGACGUAGCCUUCAGCACCAACUUCACUUGGAAAAAGACCCCAGGGUGAAGAAAGCUGUACAGCAAGAAGGCUUUGGGAGGAAGAAGAGAGGAUACAGAGACAUCAAUGAAAUUGACAUCAACAUGAAUGAUCCAUUGUUUGCAAAGCAGUGGUAUUUGAUGAAUACCGGGCAAGCAGAUGGGACUCCUGGCCUUGAUUUGAAUGUGGCAGAAGCCUGGGAGCUCGGCUACACAGGGAAAGGAGUAACUAUAGGAAUUAUGGAUGAUGGAAUUGAUUAUCUUCAUCCAGAUCUGGCCUCCAACUAUAAUGCCCAAGCCAGUUAUGAUUUCAGCAGUAAUGACCCAUAUCCCUAUCCUCGUUACACAGAUGAUUGGUUUAACAGUCAUGGGACCAGAUGUGCGGGAGAAGUAUCUGCUGCAGCAAAUAACAACAUCUGUGGAGUUGGAGUGGCAUAUAAUUCAAAAGUGGCAGGUAUUCGAAUGCUGGACCAGCCAUUUAUGACUGAUAUUAUUGAGGCUUCCUCUAUCAGCCACAUGCCCCAAGUAAUAGAUAUUUAUAGUGCCAGCUGGGGCCCCACGGAUAAUGGUAAGACUGUGGAUGGACCACGAGAGCUGACCUUACAAGCCAUGGCAGAUGGGGUCAAUAAGGGCCGUGGGGGCAAGGGAAGCAUCUACGUGUGGGCCUCUGGGGAUGGAGGAAGUUACGAUGACUGUAAUUGUGAUGGCUAUGCCUCAAGCAUGUGGACCAUCUCCAUCAAUUCUGCUAUUAAUGAUGGCCGGACAGCUUUAUAUGACGAAAGUUGCUCAUCAACCCUGGCAUCAACUUUUAGCAAUGGGAGGAAGAGAAAUCCUGAAGCUGGUGUGGCAACCACAGAUUUAUAUGGCAACUGUACGUUACGCCAUUCUGGAACAUCUGCAGCUGCACCCGAGGCAGCAGGAGUGUUUGCACUCGCACUGGAGGCAAAUGGGGAUCUGACAUGGAGGGACAUGCAGCAUUUAACAGUGCUCACCUCCAAAAGGAACCAACUCCAUGAUGAAGUUCACCAGUGGCGAAGAAAUGGUGUUGGCCUAGAAUUCAACCAUUUGUUUGGUUAUGGUGUCCUUGAUGCUGGGGCAAUGGUUACAAUGGCUAAAGAUUGGAAGACUGUUCCAGAGAGAUUUCACUGUGUCGGUGGAUCAAUACAAGAGCCUCAGAAAAUACCACCCAGUGGCAAGUUGGUUCUGACACUUACAACAGAUGCUUGUGAGGGAAAAGAGAACUUUGUCCGUUACCUUGAACAUGUCCAGGCAGUCAUCACUGUGAACUCUACCAGGAGAGGGGACUUGAAUAUCAACAUGACAUCACCAAUGGGGACCAAAUCCAUUUUACUGAGCCGACGUCCAAGAGAUGAUGAUUCCAAGGUGGGCUUCGACAAGUGGCCUUUCAUGACAACCCAUUCUUGGGGAGAGGACCCCAGAGGUACUUGGGUUCUUGAAGUUGGGUUUGUUGGCAUCUUGCCCCAGAAGGGAGUCCUCAAGGAAUGGACAUUAAUGCUGCACGGGACUCAGAGUGCGCCUUACAUAGACCAAAUAGUAAAAGAUUACCAGUCUAAAUUGGCCAUGUCCAAGAAGGAGGAGUUGGAAGAAGAAUUAGAUGAAGCAGUAGAGAGAAGUCUGAAGAGUAUAUUGAGCAAGAACUAGUGCUGCUUUGCAUGCCAGGCAGCCUCCUUUCCCUAUUUCCUUUCCUGAACAUUUCCAUUAGGCAUAUUCCAGUUGUUGGGCUUAAUCCAAUGUUGGUCCUAUGAAAAGUAGACCCAUAGAAAUCAAUGAUAUUUAAGUUCGCUAUGUCUAACAAGUCCUAAUCAUCCAAAUGGGUCCAACUCUUCCUAAGACUAAUGUUGGGUUUAGUCCCUCAUCUCUAGUUCAAUAUUCUAACUUUCUGAUGUUAUAAUUGUCUACGUUGUCUAAUUUAAUUACAGUGGAUAUUUUGAGUUCUGAGCCAGAAAUAUAUUAUUACCAAUCCA